CAGAUGCAUUUGGAAGGUCCGGUUACGUGCAAUGUGUGUGGGAAAGUGUUUAAAAACCCCGAAUCGUUACGUGGACAUACGCUCAUACAUAAAGGAAUUAUAUACACGUGUCAAAUAUGCGGAAAAACUUCUAGAGUCAAAUCGGAGCACCACAGACAUGUGAAAACACACACAGAUCCGGAAGCUCGGAAGGUAAUGUGCACAUUGUGUGGGAAACGAGUGCGAGAUCUGAAGAAACAUACACAGUCCCACACUGGGGAACGCCCGCAUAGUUGUACUUUUUGCAAGAAAGGAUUUACGAGCCCAUACGCCCUAAAAAUACACACAAGGCAACACACGAAUGAAAGACCGUUUAUAUGUGAAUACUGCAGUAUGGGCUUCCCGCAGAAAGUAUCUCUGACGACUCAUCUCAAAUCUAAGCAUAACGUUAUGUCUAAAUGAAUCGUUGUUGUGUUGGUUCGUACAGGGUGUCUUUGAAAUAUCCACGUUUCAAUAUACAUUCCAAACGUCAGCAGGUCUGGGGACUAAAAAAGUUUACUUGCAAUAAUAAAUCGUAUUGUGUUGUCUAUUUCAUUUUUAAUGAUGAUUAACAGUUUUAGAUUCGUUAGUUGAAGAUUAAAAGAUAGGUGUUAAUUAAUUUAUACAAAUAUUUCAAAGAUACUCAUGGGUAUAAGUAAAUAGAUUAUA